CUCUCUGGGACCACACACCACUCCCUCCAAGAUGUGGGCAAAGACUAUUACAGGAAAUUUUGCCAAUGUGAUUCAUGGUUUGAAUGCAAACCACUUGACAGACCAAGUUAUUCAGAGAAGCAAGCGAAUGAUUCUGGAUACUCUUGGAGUGGGCCUACUGGGUACCACCACCGAGGUCUGCCACAAGGUGACACGCUACAGCAAGAUCUACAGCUCAGAUAUAUCUAGUACCAUCUGGGGACACUUGGAUUUCCGACUGCCUCCUCUGUAUGCAGCUUUUGUGAAUGGAGUGGCUGUGCACUCAAUGGAUUUUGAUGACACGUGGCAUCCAGCCACACACCCAUCUGGGGCUGUGCUGCCCGCUGUGAUUGCACUCUCAGAGGCCUUCCCUCAAAAGAAAAAAAUCUCAGGUCUUGAUCUGCUCUUAGCUUUCAACGUGGGAAUUGAAGUGCAAGGCAGGCUGCUGCGCUUCUCCAGUGAAGCCAGGAAUAUUCCAAAAAGGUUUCACCCACCAACUGUAGUUGGUACGAUGGGGAGUGCAGCAGCUUGUGCUAAACUGCUAGCUCUUGAUCAGCUGAAAUGUAAAAACACCUUGGCUGUUGCUGCCUCCUAUGCAGGUGCCCCACUGGCUAAUGCAGCAACCCAAACAAAGCCCCUCCACGUUGGCAAUGCUGCCAAGCAUGGACUGGAAGCAGCUUGCUUAGCAUUACAGGGCCUUCAAGGAAACAAACAAAUCUUGGAUAUGGAGUCGGGGAUAGGUGCCUUUUAUACAGAUUACAACCCACAGACUCUCCCAACCUUGCAGUCCUAUCCCUGGCUGCUGGACCAGCAAGACGUGGCCAUCAAACGCUUUCCUGCUCAUCUUGGAACACACUGGGUGGCUGACGCAGCAUCUUCUGUUAGAAAGAAGCUUGUGAAAAGCAGUGACCACUUACUCCCCCUCGAUAAAAUUGAGAAAGUUAUUCUCAAAGUCCCGGAGGUCAAAUAUGUGAACAGACCCAGCCCUACCUCAGAGCACGAAGCUCGACACUCCUUCCAGUUCGUCGCGUGCUCCACUUUGCUGGACGGCAGCAUGUCGGUCCAGUCCUUUGCCAGCGAGAACAUUCACCGGCCAGCCUUGAGGAAGCUCCUCUGCAGAACGCAGCUGGAGCACCCUCCUGAUAACACACCUAGCUUUGAGAGUCUUUACUGCGAGGUGAGUGUCACCCUUCAGGAUGGCAACACCAUCAGCGACCGCUGCGAUACGUUCUAUGGGCACUGGAGGAAACCUCUGAAAAAGGAGGACUUGGAGAAAAAGUUUCAAUCCAACGCCUCCAGGGUCCUGCCUGCAGAAGCCACAGAAGGCAUUAUAGAGACAGUGUACAAUCUGGAGAAAGUAGAGGACUGUUCUGUGUUAGGUGCGUUUUUAUCGGGACAGUCAGCUAGAGCACUUUCAGAGAAGCUGUGCUUCCUUUGACUGUCCCAAC